CACUUUUCAGAACUGAUGGCUCUCUCUGAGUACCGUGUGAACUUCAGGCCCCGGUAUGUGACCCGGUAUAAGACAGUGACCCAGCUGGAGUGGAGAUGCUGUCCCGGGUUCCGUGGCCCAGACUGCCAGGAUGGGCCCCGGGACCCUGCCAAGGGCCCGCACCCCUCGCCCUCACGGCCACGGAAUAGCGUGAAGAAGGCCACAGAUAAUGAGGAACCCAGCCAGGUCUCCCCACCCAAGGCCCCUCUGCCCCCCACACGAGCCGCAGACCCAGGGCAGCACGCAGAGCCAGGUCAGGGGCUGCAGAAGCUGCAGGAGCAGAAGAUCCAGGUUCUGGAGGAGAGCGUCCUGCGCCUCACGAGGACGGUGCUGGACCUGCAGGCCUCCCUGGCGGGCGCGGGCGAGCGCCACAAGCCCUCAGUGCAGGCUGAUGCCGGCACAACGCCCGCGCCCGACCCAGCUGACCCCGGGGACAUGGCCCAGCUCCCUGGCGGCCUGCACGGCAAGGAGUCCGGCAUGAAGGACAUCAAGUCAGAGCUGGCCGAGGUCAAGGACACCCUGAGGACCAAAAGCGACAAGUUGGAGGAGCUGGACGGGAAGGUGAAGGGCUAUGAGGGCCAGCUGCGCCAGCUGCAGGAGGCGGCGCAGGGCCCCACGGCCACCAUGAGUGCCCCCGAGCUGCUGCAGGCCUACGUGGACGAGAGACUCGCAGCGCUGCGCGCGGAGCUGCUGGAGGGCAUGGACCGCAAGCUGGCCGACCUCAAGGACACCUGCGAGUACAAGCUGGUGGGGCUGCAGCAGCAGUGCGACGACUACGGCAGCAGCUACCUGGGCGUCCUCGAGCUGCUCUCGGAGAAGGAGGCCAGCCUGCGGAAGGACCUCGGCGACCUCCGCGCCCGGCUGCAGGACCCUGCGGCCCGGCCCGGCUGCUGUGAUGGUGAACCGGCCGGCGACUGGGGCUCGCAGAUCCGGGCGCUUGACCAGAAGGUGGAGCGCGUGGCCGAGGCCGCCAGGAUGCUGAACGGGCGGCUGGACAACGAGCUUGGCCGCCUGGCAGUCCCGGAAGCGGAUGUGGACUUUGACGCCCGGUGGGAGGAGCUGGACGCCAGGAUCAACGUGACGGAGAAGAACGCGGAGGAGCACUGCUUCUACGUGGAGGAGACCCUGCGGGGGGCCAUCGACGGCGAGGUCGGGGACUUGCGGCAACUCCUGGACCAGAGACUCCACUCCCUUGAGGACAGGCUGGACAGCGUCCUCCUGCAGGUGGCCAAUGGCAGCGAGGGCCCGGCGCUGCCUGAGGCACCCGGCUGGGACGGCGCCCACGUCCUGGGCGAGCUGCAGCGCUUGAAGGAACAGGUGCGGGGCGUGCAGGAUGGCUGCCUGCAGAGCCUGUCCGGGGGAGGCGCCCUGUCCCCUGGGGACCAGGCGCCCGAGGUGGGUGACAGCGUGAGCCUCUGGAGAGCUCUGAAUGACUCGGUGCACCGCAGGCUGCACUCUGCUGAGCUCAGCAUCCAGCAGCUGCAGGAGGACCUCGGGGCCCUGCAUUCCCGGCUCAACCGCACUGAGGACAGUGUGACCCGUUUACAGAAGGCCGGCCAGGUUACCAAGGGCAAACAGGAGGUCACCCUCCCAGCCCCACAGGCGCCUGAGGCUCCAUGCUGCGCCCAGCUGGAGGAUGGGUGGCAGAGGCUGCAGGCCCGGGUGCUGGCCGAGCUGGCCACGUGCAGUGAGCGGGCACGUGGGGCACAAGGCGGGGUGGCCGCGGUCGAGGGCCGGGUGUCCCUGCUGGAGAGGACGUGCGGCAAGCUGGACUCGGUGGCUGGCAGCCUGCAGAGGAUGAAGGAGGCCCUUGGCACACACGUGGCCGGGCUGUGGGCCUGCGUCCGGCAGAUGAACCGCACCCUCGGGGCACAUUCCAGGGACAUCGCAGGCCUGCGGAGCUCCGUGCAGCAGUUCUACAGCCAUGUCUUCCAGGUCUCCUCUGACCUGCAGGACCUGGUCACGUUUCCGCCACCAGCAGCUGAGGAGCCCUCUGCAGUGGCCCCCACGGAGGAGACCCCCCAGCUGCCGGCUGAGGCCACCACUGCUUCACCACAGCCUGAGCCGAGCACUGAGCUACUUGAGGACAUUGUAGGACAGAGGCCCCCGGACCAGCGGCCGGUGCUCCCUAAGCGACCCCCACAGCCACGGCCCCCGGAGCAGCUGCCACUCCCACCUUUUCGGCCUGGCUGGGUGGCGCCACACUUGCUGCCAGGCGCCACGGGAGUUGUGAUGGAGACCGGUGAGGCCGGGCCUCCAGGCCGGAAGCAUGUGUCGGGCAAGGGCCUGCCCAAGGGCGUGGAUGGGCAGAGCGGGCUCCGGCCUGAGCCCAGCGCCGAGGGCUAUGCAGGCGCCCCAGGGUACCCCCAGACACCGCCUGCAGCCACCCCAGGGCUCCUGGAGCCCGGCCUCGUGUCCUUCUCCGCGGGACUCACGCAGAAGCCGUUCCGCAGCGAUGGGGGCGUCGUCCUCUUUAACAAGGUGCUGGUGAAUGACGGGGACGUCUACAACCCUGACACUGGCGUCUUCACGGCCCCGUACGACGGGCGCUACCUGAUCACGGCCACGCUCACUCCUGAGCGCAAUGCCUACGUGGAGGCCGUCCUGUCGGUGGCCAACGCCAGCGUGGCGCAGCUGCACACGGCCGGGUACCGGCGCGAGCUCCUGGAGUUCCACCGCGCGCCUGGGGCCGUGCACACCUGCGGGGGCCCCGGCGCCUUCCACCUGGUCGUGCACCUCAAGGCUGGCGACGGUGUCAACGUGGUGGUGACGGGCGGCCGGCUAGCUCACACGGACUUCGAUGAAAUGUACUCCACCUUCAGCGGGGUUUUCCUGUAUCCCUUCCUUGGCCACCGCUAGGUGCCGGCCUUCGUAUACUCAGUUGGCACGGACUCGAGGAGCCGGGUCAGGAGCCUGCCUGCCCCACGACGCGGGCCCAGGCAGUCACCGGACUGGGCAACGGGAAGGCCAGGGACGCCCCUGUCCCUGAUCCCUCCCUGGCCUUGUCCCUAGCUCUGGCCCCACCCAGGGCCCAGCCGGACACCCCGGCUGCCUGAGAUCUGGGGGUGGGCGGCCGGCUGCAGGGCAUCUUGCCCCGCCCUCCCCGGAGAGAGACAGUGCAGGAGAAAAGUCCAAACACUGAAGACCCCCAGCCCCAGCACCCCGAGUGUCCAGUGCGGGUUCCUCAGGUGGGGACAGAGCAGACUGGCUGGCACGCGACUGAGGCGCAGAGCCGGGUGGGAGGUGGGGGUCAAUAAAGACAUAGAC